AACGUCACUGUCAUAACAAUCCAUAAAUAUUUUUAUCAAAAUCAAGAUAUUUGUUGUUAUGUUCUACUUUUAUAUGUUGAUAAGAUAAUAUCGGACCUUCAAUGUAAUGAAAGCAUGUUACUAUUAAUUUAUGUGACACCUCUCCUUUGACGUGUGAAAAUUCCACGUUUCAAUAGUUAAGUGGGCCAAUAAUUCACGACUUGACGUGACAUAUCAUCUUACUUCUAAUAUCGAUACCAUGGAUGGACCUUCAAGGCCUAGAAAGAAGCUAAAAGUGUGUGCUCAAGUAGCAACGAACGUGGUCGAACAGAAGCACCAGGUGUCCAGAGCUAAAAGGAGCAGAGCUCUCGGUAGCCGAGCGUUUCGUGGCAGCACGGUCUGGUUUACCGGACUAAGCGGUGCCGGGAAAACCAGCAUAGCGUUCGCGCUUGAAGCCUAUCUCGUUUCUAAAGGUAUACCAGCGUACGGUCUCGAUGGCGACAACGUCCGCACAGGUCUCAACAAGAACCUCGGCUUCAGCAAGGAAGACCGAGAGGAGAACAUACGGCGAGUUGCGGAAGUGGCUAAGCUCUUCGCUGACAGCGGAGUCGUUUGUUUGUGCAGUUUUGUCUCUCCGUUUGCAGAAGACAGAGAAUUAGCUCGCAGGAUUCAUACGGAUUCCGAUCUUCCUUUCUUCGAAGUCUUCAUCGACACGCCGUUAGAAGUAUGCGAACAGAGGGACACUAAAGGUCUAUACAAGAAGGCCCGUGAAGGACAAAUCAAGGGUUUCACUGGCAUCACUCAAGAGUAUGAGCGUCCCGAAGCUCCAGAGCUUGUUAUCCAAACGGUUGGAAGAUCCGUUGAAGAGUCAACGAUGGAAGUUGUUCGUCUUCUUGAGUCACAAGGUAUAAUACCUCGUUACGAAGUAAACAGUUCGGGAAUCGAAGAAUUGUUCAUAUACGGCAACAGAUUGAGCAGUGCUAUCGAAGAGGCGGCCAUACUUCCUCAGAUCGAAAUUACAAAACUUGACCUACAGUGGGUUCAGGUGCUAUCUGAAGGCUGGGCCUACCCGCUUAAAGGUUUUAUGAGGGAAAUUGAAUAUUUACAAACGCUCCACUCGAACUGCAUAACUCAGGCCGACGGUUCUCUAGUGAACCAAUCGGUUCCAGUAGUACUGCCGGUGCAAACUGUGGAUAAGGAGAGAUUGACUGGAGCCGCGGCGAUAGCUUUAGUUUAUGCGGGUAAAGCCGUCGCGAUACUAAGAGCCCCUGAGUUUUACCCUCACAGGAAACAAGAGAGAUGUUCGCGUCAAUUCGGUCUUUACCAUACCGGACACCCAUAUAUUAAGAUGAUCGAGGAAUCAGGGGAUUGGCUAGUGGGAGGUAAUUUGGAAGUUUUCGAGCGUAUUCGUUGGGACGACGGCUUGGACUCCUAUCGCUUGACACCGAAUGAACUGCGGCAGAAGUUUAAAGACUUGGAUGCGGAUGCUGUGUUUGCUUUCCAACUUCGCAACCCAAUCCACAACGGUCACGCGCUUUUGAUGCAGGACACACAACGACAGCUAGUUGAAAGAGGUUUCAAGAAACCUGUCCUUCUGUUACAUCCAUUGGGUGGUUGGACCAAAGACGACGACGUCCCGUUAGAAGUGAGGAUCAACCAACACAAGGCGGUCUUAAACGAGGGUGUCUUGGAUCCAAAGUCUACAGUUCUAGCCAUUUUCCCAUCGCCUAUGAUGUACGCUGGACCUACUGAGGUGCAAUGGCACGCUAAGUGUCGUAUGAACGCAGGGGCCAACCACUACAUUGUCGGUAGAGACCCCGCUGGCAUGCCUCACCCUGCUGGCUCUGGGGACCUUUAUGACCCCAGACACGGGGCCAUGGUACUGGCUGCUGCUCCCGGCCUUUCUGACCUUGAGAUAAUUCCAUUCCGUGUGGCAGCUUACGACGCUUCAGUGGGCAAAAUGGCUUUCUUCGAUCCGACUCGCAAGGAAGACUUCGAUUUUAUUUCCGGUACAAGAAUGAGAGGUUUGGCGAGAUCUGGGAAAGAGCCACCCAAAGGCUUCAUGGCUCCAAGCGCUUGGAAAGUACUUUCAGAAUACUACCAAUCGUUGAAAUCGAAAAUGGACACAAACUAAUAAUCAAAAAAGUUGAAAAUAAAUCAAAAUAUUUUUGCAAAAAAUUCCAUUAACUUGGCACAAUGAUGGCGUACAUUCCUAAAUAAUGAACAGAAUUAUUUCGUGUAGGUACACAUUCCAAUUUUUAACAAUACGUAAUGUAUUUAUUAAUUUUAAAUUUUGACAUUUUUUAUUUAUUUUUAGCAAUUUGAGGUCCGUUUGUAUCUCUAGGAUAUAAGUACAUAGUUUUGUACAGGAAUUUACAUUUUUUUAAUUUAAAAUGUUUCGGUGUUAAAUUAUACUUUUUAAUUUUUACGUAACGUCUGAUAUAAUAUACUAUAUUUAUUUAUAUUGUUUAAAUAAAAGUUAAUUGCUUUUAACAACUACUUGAAUAUAAGUAUGUAUCAUUUUACGUGUACUUUGAUACAGUGUUGACCCUUAAAAUGUUUGUUAUGUAUAAGUUAAUGUUUAAUACAAUUGCACAAAAUAAAUUACAUGUAUACAAAUAAUAUAUACAAUUAAAUAAAAUAAAUAAAAUUAUAUCAAAAUCACUAAUGACGUAAGCGGACCUUCAUCUAAUAGUAUUAAUUUGAGCCGUAGAGGCAGGUAUUGUUAAUUUAUAAGAGAUUUAAUUAAAUUUGAUUGUUGCAAUUCAAUGAAACGAUUGUGGUGCUUUUAAAGCUAUAUCAUAUUUAUUUAAUAUACAAUAAUGUUUGAAAA